AUGUCGUCAACAGCGCAGCCACAGCAGCCUUCGCCCAAGGCAGGCAGCCCGAAUGACUUUCUCAAAGGCGUCAUUGGAAAGAAUGUCAACGUCCGUCUAAACUCCGGAAUCGAUUACCGCGGUGUGCUCUCCUGCCUGGAUGGCUACAUGAACAUUGCGCUCGAGCAGACCGUCGAGUACGUCGACGGCGUCAAGAAGAACGCUUACGGUGACGCUUUCAUUCGAGUCCAAAUCCUUGCAUCCAGCCUUCGAUUGCAGCAGCAGCCCAGCAGUCCGACAAUCACAGGAAGAGAGGCAGGCGUCAUCGAUAGCAGGAUAGAGCGGUAG